CAACCACAUUUUAGCUCCAGCUAGUGGGGGGAAAUUAAGCUCCUUGAAAGGGGUCUGUGGGGCGGAGAACUGCCCGCAGUGCCACCCUUGCAGAGCGAGGAUUUUGCUGCCACCAAAUCUCAUCCCCAUUCUCUCGCUAUUGCGGAGGAGGAAACCAACCCUGCCAGCAGUGCAAAGAGAAGCCAGAUUGGAAAGAGACUCCAACAGGAAGAGUAGAACGGCAGAAGAGGACACCAGAGGAGUUUUCUGGCGAAAAUUUACUGGUGCCAAAGAUGACCAGGAGCACCCAAGACUCACCACUGGACUGGAACUUUGCCUAGGACUCCUGAACUCGGGGCCUCGUCUGUUCAGUUGCUUCCUAUCAGAUUAUACUGGAGCUGGAAUUGCUGGUUCCAGAGAGGAGCUCUCCAAGACUUCCCAUGCAUAAUUGCUUAGAAAUGAUUGUCACCUAAGAAGUCGGCUAUGGCAAACAGGAAACGUCAAAGCACUACAACCGGCAUGCUGGAUCACAGGGUGAUACCUUGCCCUACUACAUCUCACCACAGGGAGCCUGAAAGUGAGGAAAAUGACCUGCCUAGUGAAGAUUACAUAGCAAAGGAGGCAGAGCUAACAGCUGUCAGAGAAGGUAGCCCUACCCCUGUGGAACACGAGUGCAAUGAUAAUAGUGGAGAUGGCGAUUCCAGCUCCGAUUAUGUGAAUAAUACCUCUGAAGAGGAGGACUAUGAUGAAGGCCUGCCAGAGGAAGAGGAAGGGAUCACAUACUAUAUUAGGUAUUGUCCAGAGGAUGACAGUUAUCUGGAAGGAAUGGACUGCAAUGGGGAAGAGUAUGUGCCUCAUGAAGAACACCAAGUUGAAACUGAUGAAUGUCAAGAAGCUGUGGAAGAAGAAUGGACAGAAGCUAACAUUCAGCACCAUGAUGAAAGUGAAGUGACUGAAGGGCAAGACUACCAAGAUAACUGUGUUCAGAUUUUGGAGGAUGAAGUAUCUUCUCUGGAGAUUCAAGACCAAGAAGAAAACAUACAAUACUGUCAAAAUGAAGAAAGCUAUCAGGACUAUUAUCCACCAGAAGCUAAUGGAAACAGUCAUGGGAUGUCGCCCUACCGUUCAAGGAAAGAAGAUGCUGAGUUGGAAGAGCAGGAAGAAGACAUUGACCAGAUUGUAGCUGAGAUUAAAAUGAGCAUGAGUAUGAGCAGCAUUAACAGCACAACAGAAAUGAGCCCUGAGCAUGGCGGGACUGAAAAUGUGCAAAAUGACUAUAAAGAGACUUGUCCAAAAGGUGAUGCUGGUCAUGAAGGGAGGCCAAAAUCAUUGAAUAUUCCACCUGCUUCAAAGCAUGUUGGAGAUAUGCCUAGAGGUUUUAAAACAAAGUCAAGAACUCCAGAAGACAGACAGAAAUGGCCGCAAGAACAGGUGUGCAAUGGUUUAGAACAGCCAAGGAAACAACAACGUUCUGACCUAAAUGGACCAAUUGACAACAAUAAUGCACCAGAGACAAAGAAAGUGUCUUCGUUUCCAAGUUUUGUUGAUGUUCCAGGACCCUGUGAACCUGAAGAUCUCAUUGAUGGAAUCAUCUUUGCAGCCAAUUACUUGGGUUCUACACAGCUGCUCUCAGAACGUAACCCUUCCAAAAAUAUAAGAAUGAUGCAAGCUCAAGAGGCAGUGAGCCGUGUCAAGAGGAUGCAAAAGGCGGCUAAAAUCAAGAAAAAAGCGACUUCUGAGGGAGAUUCCCAGGCCUUGACUGAAGUGGAUCUGUUCAUCUCCACACAGAGGAUUAAAGUUCUGAAUGCAGAUACACAGGAAACUAUGAUGGAUCAUGCGUUGCGCACAAUCUCAUACAUUGCUGAUAUUGGUAACAUCGUUGUUUUAAUGGCAAGACGCCGGAUGCCAAGGUCUGCUUCUCAAGACUGUAUAGAGACGACACCUGGUGCCCAAGAAGGAAAGAAACAGUACAAAAUGAUAUGUCAUGUCUUUGAAUCUGAGGAUGCACAGCUGAUAGCUCAAUCAAUUGGUCAGGCUUUCAGCGUGGCCUACCAGGAGUUUCUGAGAGCCAACGGAAUUAAUCCAGAGGAUCUCAGUCAGAAAGAAUAUAGUGACAUAAUCAAUACCCAGGAGAUGUAUAAUGAUGAUCUUAUACACUUCUCCAAUUCAGAGAACUGCAAGGAGCUGCAGCUAGAAAAGCAGAAGGGAGAAAUUCUCGGGGUGGUGAUUGUGGAAUCAGGAUGGGGAUCCAUCCUACCUACAGUUAUCCUGGCUAACAUGAUGAAUGGAGGCCCUGCAGCUCGUUCAGGGAAACUAAGCAUUGGAGACCAGAUUAUGUCUAUUAAUGGAACCAGUUUAGUUGGUCUUCCUCUUGCAACAUGCCAAGGGAUUAUAAAGGGUCUUAAGAACCAGACGCAGGUGAAACUGAACAUUGUCAGCUGUCCUCCUGUUACAACCGUCCUCAUAAAACGACCAGACCUGAAAUACCAGCUGGGCUUCAGUGUACAGAAUGGAAUCAUUUGCAGCUUGAUGCGAGGUGGAAUAGCGGAACGGGGAGGGGUCCGAGUAGGACAUCGCAUUAUUGAGAUCAAUGGGCAAAGUGUUGUGGCCACUGCUCACGAGAAGAUAGUACAAGCCUUGUCUAACUCAGUGGGAGAGAUUCAUAUGAAGACUAUGCCAGCUGCAAUGUUCAGGCUUCUAACUGGCCAAGAGACACCCCUGUACAUCUAGCACAUGAGGCUGUCUCUCUCAACAAAAGAACUAAAUGAUUCCAUCAAAGUUGAAGUCUACACAGAAGAAGGAAGAAUUUUGUAUUUUGUAUGAAUGAAAGGCUUUGAAACAGGACCUGAAGAUUUCACAAACUGAAUGGCCAAGAGUCUCUCCCUUGCCAAAAAGUGAUGACCAUCUUUAUCAAGAACAAUAAUCACUGACACAAAAUCUUUGUAAGACAUAGUAUUUUGCAACAUCUUCUAAACUCUUUUCUCAUUGAAACUUAUACAUAUUUAUUUGUAAUCUUCAUGUGGCAUGGUGUACAUCUGUCUGUCAUGUUUGAUAAUAUGAGAAUGAAUCGGCAGAACAUUUACUGCAAAGAUAAGCAACUGAACAGCAGCCUCAAGUUAAAAAAAAAAAUCCAAGUCCCAUGUAAUGGUCCCUCCACAGCGUAUUGCGUAAUUUGAAAGCUGAUCUAGGGCAGAUGGCAUUUUAAAAUUUCAGUGAUUAGGAAUGUGUGCUAUUAGAUUCUAAUGUAAAGUGAAACCGUUGUAGUUCUUGGUAUAGUUACAUGUUACAUUUGUCAUAAUGGUAAGUAUGGCAAGGUGUGAUAUAAGUGUAUAACAAAAGAACAGGCAAGUGUUUCUGAUGCUAAAUAAAGAAUAAAUGCCACAAAA